AUGGUUCAUCCACUUGCUUUGCUGGAUGAAGCACUUGAUGAUGAUCUUGAGAAUGAUAUCAUAGACUUCUUAGCUCGAUGUCAGGAUAAAGAUGGUGGAUAUAGUGGUGGACCUGGACAGUUGCCUCACCUAGCUACGACUUAUGCUGCCGUAAAUACACUUGUGACAAUAGGGAGUGAAAGAGCACUGUCAUCAAUCAAUAGGGACAACCUGUACAAGUUUAUGUUUCGGAUGAAAGAUGUAUCAGGUGCUUUCAGAAUGCAUGAUGGUGGUGAAAUUGAUGUCCGUGCUUCCUACACCACUAUAUCGGUUGCCAGCCUUGUGAAUAUUCUUGAUGUUGAACUGGCAAAAGGCGUUGGUGACUUCAUAGCAAGUUGUCAAACUUAUGAAGGUGGUAUUGCUGGGGAGCCUUAUGCUGAAGCACGUGGUGGCCACUUUAUUGUCCCUGAGCUUGGCCCAAGCACCAAGUUCACAUACGCUUCACACAAGGCUGUCUCUGAGUACAAGGAGGCAAAAGCGCUCGGCAUUGAUACAGUCCCGGUGCUUGUUGGACUAGUCUCAUACUUGCUCCUCUCUAAGCCUGCCAACGGUGUGGAGAAAUCUUUCUCUCUUCUUUCACUUCUUGGUAGCAUUCUUCCCAUCUACAAGGAGGUUGUUUCUGAAUUGAAGGCAGCUGGUGCCUCAUGGAUUUAG